CCACCGUGCCUUUUGCGCACCACGCCCCGCCUUCUCGCAUCCCGCGGCGCUCGUGAUGCAGGACCAUGAUUCUCGGAACGCAAAAGUCCCAGAAUAUCCUUGCACGGAGUGGGAGGCGGAUGCCAACGCCGACGUGUAGCGCUGCGCCAAUUCGAGCGCGACUGCGGCAGUGAUGGGAUGGGAUGGGAUGGGAUGGAAUGUGAUGCGAUGCGAGGUGAUGGAUCCGCAAUCGGAGUGUGUCGCGACAUUGCUAGCCCGCGCAGACGCCCCUCCCUGCCAUCCUCGCCGCUUGCAUCUCCAACGCCCGCACCCCCCCACCACCCGCCUGUGCGCCGUCGACCUGCGCUGCAUGUUCAACAGCGUGCACGAGCCGUCUGAAUGGCGAGCACAAUCUACGGGACGUGUGCGCUGCGCGCCCCCCAUCGUCAUCUCCCCCAAGCCGGGCUUGCGCAACGGCACUCGAGCCAGUCCGCCGGUCGAUGCGGUUCGAGCGGUCUCGCCCGCGGGCGGCGCGAGGUGCCGUCGACGACAUUGCUCCAUACAUAUAUAGACACAUGCUGAGAUGCCGCCAUUUGCUCCCCCUGAUGCAAUGCUCGUGUCUUUAACGGUUCCAUCCACUCACAUCCACCGUCAGCUCGCACGUCAAGCACCUCGUCCCGAUCUUGUCGCGCCCCCUCAGCACCAACACGCAGUCUUGAGAGCUGGGGCACCUCCACGCAACCGACCCGCUCCCUCCUGCCUCCCGCACGGUAAUCUUCUCCAAGACGUCUCACACAAU